AUGUGGGACCGCUUCAAACAGUUGAUGUCUCGUCCGGUGAGCGGCGCGUCGUUGGGCUUCUUUCGACUGGCCUUCGGCGCGGUGAUGAUCUACGAGGGGCUGUAUUACCUCGGCUUCACCUGGAACAACCCCUCGCCCACGAACUACAUCGAUUCGUUCUACACCGGCGAUCACAUCGCCUGGAACAUUCCUUACCCGGGCUUCUCCUGGGUUAAGCCACUUCCUGAACCACUGAUGACGGCCCUGUUCGUGGCAUUCACCAUCGCCGCACUGCUGGUCACCGCGGGGGUGCUCUAUCGCCUGGCCAUCGUGGGCGUGUUUCUGAUGUUCAGCUACAUCAACCUGAUGGACGCCUGGACGUAUCUGAAUCACCACUAUCUGGCUUGCAUCAUCGCCAUGCUGCUCAUCUUCAUGGCGGCCGAUCGCAGAUUCGCGUUGGGGCGCAUCCUGCAGCAUGCUUCUGGCCGUGUACGGAAGAGCGAAGUCCCUUUUUGGAAUAUCUUCCUGCUACGGGGGCAGAUGUUCAUUGUUUACUUCUAUGCGGGCAUCGCGAAGCUGAACCCCGACUGGCUCGCCGGCGAACCCGUGCGAAUGUGGCUGCAACAGCCGCGGACCUUAGUCAAACUCGAACCGUGGCUUUCGCCAUCGUUGCUGCAGUCGCUGCGUUCGCUGCUCGCUCAGGAAUACAGCAUCUGGACCAUCGUUUAUGGGGGGAUGCUCUUCGACCUGGUGAUUGGCUUCUUGCUAAUCUUUCGUCGCACCCGACUGUUCGGGUUUCUGCUGGUCCUGUGCUUCCACACGUUUAACAACUUCCAAUUCAAGAUCGGCGCUUUUCCCAUUAUGGCGGUCUGCUUGACCACGAUUUUCUUCGAGCCCGAUUGGCCCGACCGCUUGUGGAAGUGGGUUCAGUCUCCAAAGUUUUCCAAGCCCGAUUUGGGUUGGCUGAUCGGCGGAGCGAUCGUGCUGCCCCCGCUGGGAGCCGCCCUGGGUUGGAAGUCUUCGCCCACGCCGAGCACAGAAGAUCGUCGGAUGCGCCUGGCACCCUGGACCGCGGGAUUGAUUGUCGCCUGGCUGGUGUUUCAAGGCGCUGUACCGCUACGGCACUUCCUGAUCCCCGGCGAUUCGAACUGGACCGAAGAAGGCUCGAUGUUCAGUUGGCACAUGAUGCUGCGAAACAAGCAGUUGGGGCUAUGUCGAAUUGAAAUUGUCGACCCAAAGCUGCCGAAGGUCGAAACCGAGGUUGGCAUCAUCGCCGAUUGGCGGUUGCCCACCGAUGACGAACCGCUGGUGCCGUAUCGCCAGGUAACCUCUGGAGAUGUGCCCUGGGAAGAAUUGCCCGAGUUUUUGAUCGUCGAAGAGCCCGUGCUCGGCGAAAGGAUCAUUUACAACCCGCUUUCGGCGGUACCUCGAGGCGAUCCGGAAGAAUAUGUUCAGCGCCACUGGCAACGCGAGUAUCGCCGCGAGGCGAAUAAGCUAAGCAAAACCUAUUCCGUGGCCCAGGUGCUCGAUCUCUACGAGGAACUCGUCAAGAAGGCCGCCCCGAGUCGGAAUCCGGCUCACGGUGCAGCCCAGUUACGGGGCAUCGAAGUGGCCCGCGAGCUGGACAUUCGCCGCCGCGAUCCGAAGCUUACCCAACUGGAACGGCUGGAAUAUGGCCGGAAGCUCCAAGAGGCGCUAGAAGCUCUGAAGAAAAACCCGACGUUCGGCGCGUCGUUCUUCACGCUUUUCUACGCUGCGGCGGCUCCCUUCGACGGGUUUGGAGACGGCAGCCGCAAUACACCGUUCUACGUGGUCAUGGACGGGGAAUUGAUCGAGCGAGGUCGUGGCACUCUGCCUGUGGUGAAACGCGAUGCAUGGCAGGGGUCGCCCUCGACGUUAAUCGACCUGUGGUCCUACGGCCCCAGCGAUUUCAACACACUACCGCGAUGUCUCUCGUUUCACGACUUGAAUGGCGAGCCGGCCGUGGUGUGGAACUACGGUCACGAUCUGCACCUCUUCCAGGCAACCUUCGUUGCGCUCAUGCCACCGUUCUUGCAACGCUAUGUUCAACAUCUGGCGAACACCUGGGAAGCGGAUUAUGGGCACCGCCCCGAAGUAUUCGUGACGAACUAUGUGAAGCUGAACCAGCAUCCGAUGCAGUUAAUCGUCGACCCGGAGACUGAUCUGGCCAGUACGGAACUCAAUGUGUUCCGCCACAACCCCUGGAUUCUUCAGUUAGAGCCGAACGAAGAAUCCACCAGCCCCGAUGUCUCGAACGUGCCGGGUUCCGCACGCAUGUUGCAAUCGUUUCGAAUGCUUCUCGGCCAACGCAUCUCCGGUCUAUCGUUGGCCGUGUUUCGCAUCUGCCUGGGGCUGGUUCUGGCGUACGACGCCCUCCACUAUCUGCGGCCCCGCGAGGGAAUCGGCAACUUCCUCACGCUCGAUUUCUCGCGAGAGAGCAACCCCUGGAUGUUCCCCUAUGCGGGCUUUGAAUGGGUACAGCCGCUCCCGCAGCCUUGGCUCACGGGUGUGUUCGUCAUCUACGAACUGUCCGCGGUGGCGAUGGCCCUGGGGCUCUUCACGCGCGGCGCUUCGGCGGUCGUGUUUCUGAGCUACACGUACAUCUUUCUGUUAGACGCCACGCGUUACAACAAUCAUUACUAUCUCACGGUGCUCAUCACCGCGAUCAUGAUUGUAGCCCCCACGGCCACAUGCCUCAGUGUCGAUCGACUGAUUCGCCGCCGACGUCUACGGGGCAGGGAGCCGGACGAGACGAUUCCCUUCUGGCCCAUCUUCUUGCUGCGUUUCCAAUGGGCGAUGGUCUACGUCUACGGCGCCGUCACAAAGACCACAGCCUCGUGGCUGCUGCAUGCCCAGCCGCUGCAAACGUGGAUCAAUGAGCCCCGCAUCGAAGCGGCUCUUGCUCGGUAUCUUCCUGCCAGCACGGUCGAAGCCGUGUUGCCGGUGGUGCAAUCAACCGCAAUGGCCUACUUCCUCUCGUGGAGUGGGAUGCUAUUCGACCUGCUGGUCGUGCCGCUGUUGCUUAUCCGCAGAACGCGUCUGCUCGCGUUGGCUCUCGCGCUUGGGUUUCACGCCACGAAUCAUUGGCUAUUGUUCGACAACAUUGGCUGGUUCCCCCCAAUGGCGAUGGCCGGCAUCAUGUUGUUUCUGGAACCCGAUUGGCCGCGGCGGUUUGUCCUUUGGUUGAGGCGUCCGGUGGUUCAUCGUCCCGAUUGGGGAUGGCUGGCGUUGGGAGUUGUUUGUCUGCCGCCGGUGGGGGCACUGCUCGGAUGGAAACUCCCGCCGUCGUCUGAAGCUAGUGAUCGCCCCGCUCGGCCGCUGGGGGCGUUGCCCCUUGCGUUAAUUUGCCUGUGGGCCGCCGUGCAGCUUGUCGUGCCGCUGCGGCACUUCUUCAUUCCCGGCAAUGUCGACUGGACCGCGGAAGGAGCCCGCUUUAGCUGGCGCAUGAAGGCCGGACAGAAGCAGGCCACGCGGAUGGAGAUCAUCGUCGAUCCGGGCACCACGCCCGAUGGAGCACCCGCGAAUAUCGACUGGGAUGCACUGCAAGUCCCCGAGCGCAUCUAUCGCGAUGUCUCGAACCCGCAGAACAACUUCGCUGAGUUGCCCGAGCUGUUCGUCAACUUCCAGCCUUUCUACGGUGAACGGGUGAUCUACAACCCGUUUCAAAGUGCCGGGGGUUCGCCACGCUCGCUGGAUGAGGCUGCCCGCAGAGUGAUGGCCUAUUGGCAAACCACGUACGGUCGGCAACCAAAGGUGCAUAAGACAUUUCCUUUGGUCAAUGUGCUGAAGGCGGUCGAGCUGCAACUCGACCCACAGCAAAUCACCCCCGCCGACCAGCAACUGCUAGCCACUGCACAGCGGCUGGCCGCUGAAUUGUCUGCUGAGGAAGCUACCGACGUCGAGUCUCGCCCGGCCCAGGUGGCCUCGCUGCGAGAUCAACUCUUCCAGCUCAUCACCUCCAGUAACCGACAACUUGGACAGCUCGUGCAAAAGGCCGUUGCUCAGGCACACCCGUUCGCCACCGAGGGAGCCACUGCCCCGCCGGGUCCGUUGCUAGUGGUUGACGAUCCAGAGCUGUUCGAGCCGUUAACCGAACACGGCUACGCGACGCUUGACCGAACGAAGUGGAAGCCGCCCUCCGGGUCGAUCGACACGGUGUAUGCCGACAUGGAUUGGAUGACGCAGCGGGCUGCACCAAACGCGGAUCAUGGUGGCCCAUCCGUUUAUGUGCCAUCAGUAUGCCCAGCGAAUCGCCCAGUGGUGGGAAGAUCGCGUUGGCUCACGGCCUCACGUCUAUAUGAACCUGAGUGCCGAGCUGCUGCCCUACGAACUUCAGCCCGUGCUCGAUCCAAGCAUUGA